CCUCUGUUGUUUGUCUUUCAGGUUUCACUCCACCUCCCAGACAUGGCUUUCUUUACUCAGUCAUCUUGCAUGCCAUCCUGCUCCAUCCCAUCUUCUAGACCUUCCAUAGGCAUUGGAUCCUGCGGCAUGGGAGGAGGCUUCGGUGGUGGCAUGUACGGAUCUGGCGGUGGUUCCGGCAUGAUGGGAUAUGGUGGCGGCUCUGGCCUUGCAGCAUCAGCAGCCCAAUUAGGGAUCCUUUCCGGAGUCAAUCCUUCCUGCAUCAACCAGCUCCCACCAUCAGAAGUGGUGAUCCAGCCACCUCCAGUUGUGAUGACCAUCCCAGGACCCAUCAUGACCUCCAGUUGCCAGCCCUUAGCUGUCGGAGGCUAUUCACCAUGUGCAUCUGGAGGCUAUGGCUCUUAUGGCUCUGGCUCCAGUGGAUAUGGACUGGGGGGUUCUGGAGGGUAUCUUGGUGGAGGUGGUGGUUUCGGCAGCAAGGGGUUUGGUGGGUCAAGGCGUAGGCAAAGUAUCUGUGGUAGCCCCUGCUAAAUGAAAAGGAAGUGAUCCAUAGAAUCUGGAAGAACUCGGAAUCCAUGACAUGAAUCCACAUGUAAUUCGUUUGGUCCUGGAUACUUGAAUGUAUUUAGAGUAGCCAAAUAUUUCUGUGCUACCUCUUUGCCUAUCCUGUGCUGCAUUUCACUGAUAGUUUCAGAAACACACUCCUGCAGUUGCUCAGCACUUCUGAGAACAACAGCCAGCUGUGUGCUUGACACGUUGCACUUUUCCUGUGAUAAUAUCCGUUUCUUGCUAGUAUGCAUUUCUCAGAGUUCAGGCAGUCUCUUCUACCUAACAUCCUCCUUUUUGUAUUAGAUGCAGACGAUAUCAUAAAGUAAGACAGGGCACAAUACAAUUCACUCUUACCUCACUGGUUAACUAUGCUGUUUAUGUUGCUGUGUUGUAUACAAUUUGUUAAGAGUCUGUAUCAUUUUCUGUAUCACCCCCCUUCUCCCCAUUAAUAAAGCUUCGAUUGCAUCCAA